CUUCAUCUAAUGUAAUCAGUAUAGUACAGUUUUUUCAAGAUUUCACAAAUUCAAAAUAGUAGCUGAUGCAUCAAGGAAUUGAUCGCUAUUGGAAAAACUCAAAUAGUUUACUUUUUAAGUACUUAUUCAGUUUUUAAUCUGUGGAAUAUGCAACCAUAUAUACAAUCGUAUAAAUAUAAACAACACCUGGUACACACCUGUUUUUCCACCUACUUUUUCAGUUUACGUUAACGCUCACUUCACGAGAUCAAAUAAACUUAGCGCAACUUGUAGUGUUCUUUGUUUGUAUGUGAUACAUUUUUUGUAUUUGUUUGAAAUGGGGAACUCGUAAUCCUCUGAAGCUGGAAAGCAUACAUUUUGAUAGAGGUCAGCAAUACUUUACUAACUUAUUUUUUUAAUUUACCUUAUAAGGAAUCUUGGAAAGAUCAGUUAUUAUUACAAGUAAUUAGUGCAUCAGUAAUUAUAUGCAGGUUUUUCCCGGGCACAUGUGGUUUAUGAAAUUGUAAUAUUUGUAUGUACCACCUCUCUAUGAAGGGACGAUUUCGUACAAAUAAAAAUGUUAUCUCUAAAAAUGGGUAAUGUCCUUACACUAUGGACCUUUUUGGGAAUCUUAUUAUGCAUUAAUGCAAGAGUUGACAAAUGUGGUACUUUACUCCUUGAUGGUUGUUUCUGUGGACAGCAGUACCAUGAUGAUCAAAUUUAUUUCAUUGUCAACUGCACAGGUUUAGGAUUUAGGAACACAGAUGUUCUGAAAUUGUUGCCAGAAGAAACAGAGAUGCUUGUUUUUACUGGAAAUCAUAUUAGUACUUUACCUACUAAUCUGUUUGGGGAAGAGAACAACUUGAAGAGAUUGAAGAUCAUAGAUAUGUCAAAUAACGGAAUUCAUGACAUAAAAGGCAAGGCAUUCCAUCAUGUACCAAAUGUAACCAGGCUACUUUUAAAUCACAACAAUAUUUCAAUUUCCUCUGAUGAUGAGCAUAAUUUUCAUCAUCCUCGAGUGUUCUCCAAUCUUUACAACUUGCAGGAGUUGCAUCUUACCAAUGCUUUCCAGGACAAUACUGGAGCUGCGUUGGCAGAUGAUCUUCACGAUAUUUUUGUAAAUAGUAAUUUGACGAAACUUUACAAAUUGCAUUUGGAACAAAAUGAGAUCAAAGGUUUCAAGGACGAAAGAGUGUUUUGUGAUUUGCCCGAACUUCAUGAUAUUUAUCUAGGUGACAACAACAUUCCCAGUUUGAAUUUUGAUAUACAAUGCCUGCCCAAGCUUAGAUAUCUCGAUCUUGAGAACAACAAUAUUACUUCGUUUUCGAAAAAAGAUUUGGCAACUUUUGAUCGAAAGGUACCUCCAUUCCGUCAAGCAUCUUUGAUUAUCGACAUCGCUGGAAAUCCGUUUAAAUGCGGAGAUGCUGUACGAGAAUUGUAUCAGUGGUUGAAAACGACUAAUGUCACUGUCAGACACCCAGAAAAGUUAGUAUGGACAAUAUGAUUGCAGUGUUUACAAACUAAACAUGGGAACAACUAUCUCCUUAAUUUAAUGACUUUGGCAGAGACGAAGAGCGCGAAGGUAUCCAAAGCAUUGAAGGUACUCUUGGUGAUUUUGGUAGUCAUCCUGGUGACACUGAUAUGCGCCUACGUAUAUUUGAAGAAAGAAAGUGUUAAGAACAGAUUGAAUCCUUUAUUGGAAGCUGUUACAAGAAAAGUUCAAUAUACAACGAUAGAAAGUCAAGAAGUAUGAGCCAUAUUUCUGCUAAAAUGCAGAUUUUACUGACGGAACAACUCCCUCCAUUUUUGUGAUAUGACUGACAAUACAUCCGUAAUCUUGAUAUCAUAUUUGAUAUGAAUGUAGUAUUUUGGGAAGUAUUAGUGAGAAAGAAAAAAUAAGUUUAUAUCCGAGCAAAUGUUAUUUGACUUUUUUGUUAGGUUUAGUUUGAUAGAUUUGACUAAUGUUCCUUUUUUCAGUCUUAUUUUUAUUAUUGUCAUUAAUCCUACUAGUCAACAAUGACUUAUCUAUCCAAAGUACUAUUUAAGCUAAACUGAAACGAAAUCAGUCACAGAACAAAUCAAAAAACUAUUUUUAGAUGAAAAUAUCUGAAGUUUUUUCGCAUUUUUAUUGUAAAAUUCAAUGUCGAUUGAGGUGACAAAAGCGCCAUUUUUUACACUCUAAGGACGGGGAGCACAAACCACCAAAAGAUAUUAAAUUUGUGACUAGUUGUUCCGUAAACCAAUGUAGCAGAACUAUGUAGCUUUAGCAUUGAAAAAAAACAUCAUUCACAAUCAGAUCACUAGACAAUCAUAUUAGACGAAAAUUCCCUGUAGUUUGCGAAAUAAUUGCAAAGUCUGGUUUUAUUGAUGCAAGUUGUUCAAAUGGGUAUUUGAAACAUGGACGCAUAAAAUGGGUACACCAAUUUUUGUGUGAAAACUUUUAAUUCAACAACAAAGAAUGAGAAAACCCAUUUUUUGGGAUUCAGUCGAAAGUGUUGGGAGGAACAAAAAAACUCUUCAAAUAAGAUUGUUAGGUAUUUAUGAGAACUACAGAAUGAGAACACACGUAAAAAUAUACCACGAAUAGUAAAAAAGUUAUGAUCGAAAACCGAGCCAAAAUGCAGGUUUCGCCACUUGUUGCUAAUUCGACGAUAAUUUCACGCAGCUACUUGAAAUUCUUUAUAUCCGUAGGCUUCAUACUUCUAAAUAACCACAUCAAAAUUGGAGUCGAUUGGUCAAGUAGUGUUUGAUAAUUUCCAAUUGUUUAUCCCAAAACACCUGUCUUCCGGCCAUCACUACUAGUUUACUGAACCAUAUAUAGGGUUCGUUCAAGGGCAUUUUAUGAUUCACAUCGGCAAGGUGAAUCCGUGUACUUUGCUAUAAAAUGCCCUUUGAACGAACCCUGUAUAUUGCUCUGUAAACUAGUAGUGAUGGCCGGAAGACAGGUGUUUUGGGAUGAACAAUUAGAGAUUCUCAAAAACUACUUGACCAAUCGACUCCAAUUUUGUUGUGGUUAUUUAGAAGUAUGAAGCCUACGGAUUUGAAGAACUUCAAGCAGCUGCAUUUUGCCUCGUUUUUCGGCCAUAGCAUUUUUGCUAUUAGUCGGAUCAUUCUACGUGUAGUCUCAUUUUGUAGGUCUCAUAAAUACCUAAAAAUCUUAUUUGAAGAUUUUUUUCGUUCCUGCCAACACUUUGAAUUGAAUACCAAAAAACACGUUUUCUCAUUCUUUGUUGUCGAAAAAAAGUUUUCCCACAAAAAUUGGUGUACCAAUUUGCUAAUACGAUUAGAAUACACCUAAAGAUGUUAUCAGUUUCAUACAUUUUCAGCAGUACACUCAUUUAGUUUUGAAUUCUCUUGGUUGGUGCUCGCCGCUCUAAGCCGUUUUAUAUUAUCGUACUUUUUACAAGAAAUGAUAUUUUUGCACAGUAUGAAUGUAUUGUAAAUAAGAUUAAGUAAUUUACUAAUUUUUUACAAUUAAAUUAUAUUUUAA